AAACUUUUUUAUAACCAAAAGAACCCUAAACCUACAGAACUACAGGCUAAUCGGAUCAAAAUUCAAAAAAUUCCUCUUAUUUAUUGUUGUUAGUUUCUUUUUGCCCUUUUCCAAUUUCCCUAUAUAUCCGAGUGUACACAAUUUUCCACAAAAAAAUAUUCCACACAAAAAAUCACACUCCCAAAUUUCUGAAAUUGAAACCGCCAUCUCACAAAACAUUUGGCAUUACAUUUCGUUUUUGAAUCCUUCAGAAAGCCCACAGCCCGUUGUCGAAUUUAUCUUCAAUCGCCGAAAAGCAGAGUGCGGCAGGGUUUCAUUGUGAUUUGAGUUUUGGGGAGUGUGUGAAUGCGAAGGAGAUGAACGCCCACAAGUUCCAAAUCUUCGACUCUGUUCCUGCCUAGUGCGUCAAGACAAGCGAGUUGAGUUCUCUCAUGGCAAAGCGCGUGUACGAAGUGUGGAAAGGAAGUAAUAAGUUCAUCCUCGGUGGAAGGUUGAUAUUUGGGCCAGAUGCCAAGUCACUGCUUGUCACAUUAUUGUUGAUCAUUGCUCCGGUUGUGAUCUUUUGUGUAUUUGUUGCAUGGCAUCUCCGGCAUGAGUUUUCAUCAUAUAAUGCAGGAUAUGCAAUACUAGUGGUAGCAAUUGUAUUUACUAUCUAUGUGUUGGUGCUUCUUUUUCUUACUUCAGCACGGGACCCUGGGAUUAUUCCACGAAAUGCACAUCCACCGGAGGAAGAGUUUCGUUAUGACCCGUCAGUUUCUAUUGAUGUUGGUGGAAGACAAGUGGCUGCUAAUGCUGGUGGAAGACAGACUCCAAGCCUUCAGUUCCCUAGAACAAAAGAAGUGAUGGUCAAUGGUCUUCCUGUGAGAGUGAAGUAUUGUGACACUUGUAUGCUAUAUCGUCCACCUCGUUGCUCCCAUUGUUCUAUUUGCAACAAUUGUGUGGAACGCUUUGAUCACCACUGCCCUUGGGUGGGCCAAUGCAUUGGACAGUGCAAUUAUCGUUACUUCUUUCUCUUCGUUUCUUCUGCAACUCUUCUCUGCAUCUACGUAUUCUCACUAUCAGCUUUGUACAUCAAAAUUCUGAUGGACGAUUAUCACGGGACAGUUUGGAAGGCAAUGAAAGAAUCUCCUGCAUCUGUGAUACUAAUGGCCUAUUGUUUCAUUUCUCUUUGGUUUGUUGGUGGACUAACUGGCUUCCAUUUGUACCUUAUAGGUACCAACCAGACUACAUAUGAAAACUUCAGGUACCGAGCUGACAACAGGAUCAAUGUUUACAACCGGGGUUGCUUAAAUAACUUUCUUGAAGUAUUUUGCACAGAAUUAAAACCCUCAAGGAAUAACUUUCGGGCUUUCGUUGAAGAGGAGUUACAAAGGCCUCCUCCUUUGCCCACUGCACGGGAAAUAGAACCAGAUGAAUUGGGUGGGGAUCCACGUUCAAAGGUUGAGGAUGACUUAGAUAUUGGUGAAGAUCUGUUGAAGAUCUCGCAGCGUCGUAACAUUGAAGAAAUUGAUGAGGACAUACGCAGUAGAGGGAGCAACGGACCUCCUCAUAAUACCUCAGAGGUUGACUCUGCUUUGGGUUCAGAUCACCGGGCUCCCACCAUUCGAUCUGAUGCGCGUCACUCUAGUUGGGGAAGGAGAAGUGGGAGCUGGGAAAUUGCACCGGAGGUCAUUGGUAACACGAAUGUCACUGAAGGUAGAGGUCAUGUCACUUCGAAGGAUGUGGUUCAAUGAUGGGGGUAGUUUGAAUUAUUGAUCUUAAGAUGGCGUGUGUUUUGAUGAUCUGUGAUUAUUGGAUGUUCAUUUCCAGGUUGGGAAGGAAAUGCCAUUGACCAGAAACUCGCAACUAUGUCAAGGGGGUUGAAUGUAUUCCCUUCAGGUGUAAAACAUAUAUGACCUUUUGUGGGAAUGCUUGUUUACGAUUUCCUUCCUAAUAGAAUAGGAAUGUGUUUGUAAUUGUUUGGGAAUGAAGGGGAUAGCGUCUUUGCCAUUUUUCGUAAAUUAAUAUUUUUUUUUCCAUCUCCUUAGAAUUAUGUAACUAUUUGCGACGGUGAAUCCAAUUUGGUAUAAUGGCCUUAUUCUUU